AUGCGAGAUUAUAUCGAUAUUUUUAUAGAAGAAAUGAAGAAGAAAAAUCAUGAUCCAACGUUUCACGAAAAUUUACUUUUCAUAGGUUGUGACAGAAAAGUUUCGUUAUCCGAUCGUAAAAACAUGCCGCAAACUUUAGCAUUUUAUCAUGAAUUGAUGCGUCGAUGUACCCUGGUCAAAAAUUCUUUAACCCAAGCUCUUGAAGAUGGAGUGGUUGUCAAUGGAUACAGAUUACUAAAACAUACUACGAGAGGUUUAGAGCUGAAUUUAGCAAUGCUCGCCACCACACUGUUGCUCGUUUUCAUAGCGAGUUUGUUCAUAUACUGGUAUAGACGCGACAGUCGUUUACCUCCAGGACCCAGAGGAAUACCAAUUUUAGGGACUAUUCCUUUUUGGGGUUCUAAUCCAGCGAAAAAGUUGACAGAAUGGAGUAAGACAUACGGCGGCGCAUACACAAUUCGAUCUGGCACCAAUGAUAUUCUUAUCAUAACAGAUUACGAGAUUAUGUACGACGUGCAUAUACGCCAAGCAUCAAAAAUGGGUGCUCGACCACGAUUGGGCGUAUUCGAAACGGCUAAUAAAGGAAUAGGCAUCAUCUUUGCUACUCCAAAAGUUUCGGAAAUUCACAGGAAUUUCACACUUCAAGCUCUAAGAAGGCUAGGUCUCGGUAAAAAUACUAUGGAAGACAGAAUACAACAGGAAUCAACUUGUUUGAUUGAGGCUAUCCAGAGUAAAAGUGGAAAACCAUUUAAUCCUGGUCGAUUAUUUCUGUACGCUGCAUUCAACAUUUCAUGUUUGAAUACGAUGGGUGAAAGAUAUCCAUACGAUGAUAAGAUACUGGAACAAAUGGGUUCGGGACUUGUAGAUGGAUUACGGGAGAAUGGAUUACAUAUUUUUUUGAUAUCAAUGUGCAAAUAUCUGAAAUAUUUCGUUCCGUUCAAAACAGCAAGGAAAAGAUAUGUACAUGAUUUCAAUGAUCUUCUUAAAUUUUUUACGGAGAAAGUAACAGAACACGAAAAUACUUACGACGAAACGAAAUGCGAGAUUAUAUUGACAUUUUCAUGGAAGAAAUGA